CAUAAUGAGCAUAUUUCAUGACACACACUAACUGACUUUAUAGAUUGAGGUUUGAUAUUUAUCCAACAAAUGUGAAAAAGUUGAAAAGGCAAAAAAAAAAAAAAAAUCAAAUCGUAUUUAUUUACGGUAAUUCACUAAAACAGUUAGAUGGAGUCUGAUCCUGAAGCAAAGAGUCAGCCUGAAGGAAAUAACGAUGGAUUCUCCUUUCCGCCACACCCCACUGAUCCAGAUGGGGUGGUAGUGCCACCCCCAACCAAAGAGCAAAUGGCACAGGGGAGAAUACGGUGUAAGCGUCGGCGGCGGGAUGAUGGAACCCGAGCCUCGCAGCAGACACCGAGCCACCCCGGUUUACAACAGAGAGGAGUGGAGGGGAAGAAGUCCCCGGGAGACUCCAGUCAUGUACACUCCUGUCACAAAAGUGGUCCUCUCCAGGACUGAGACCGAACCUUGCUAUACACACGAGGACUGUAGUUUACGGGUCAGAGAGAUGCAGAAUAUCCACAUGGAUGAGGAAGGAGAGCCUGACAUCAAAUACCAGUAAAUAUAUUUUAAGGUAUUUUUGUAGUUAUUUUAUUAAAGUCUGA